AUGGUUUCAAAAAUUAAGCGAGCUGCUACUGCAUCAGCAAGAGAGGCGGCUGCACGCAUGCGUGCAACAGGAGAGUGUGCCUCUCACGCCUCAGCAGCAGGCGAUUCGUCGCCUGUUGUCGUUAAUCCUCCACAUGGUAAGUCACCACGUGCGACAGGUACAUCCGUUGCGUCUGCGGCGGGUACCUGGGGUCGUAAUCAAGACGAGUCUGAGAUAGAGCUCAUCUAUUCUGGCGAGUCGGAUGAUGCGUCCGACUCGAAGGCAACUCCUCACGCCUCCGGAUCACCCGGGGCGGACGCUGCAAAAGCCAGGUUGACCGGCACUGGUCAACGUGGCGGCAUCAUGCUCGAUAUCUUCGGAUCGAGCAAUUAUUUCGACGAAUCCUCGCCUCAUUGGAGUCCAGCCAACGAUAGGACGCGUGGGGAUUGUGGUGAUGCCUCUGAGCAUCACCACGAGCGGAUUAACUUGAUGGGACAGAUCUGCCACUGGUGCUAG